AUGGCUUCCCCAACCAGCUCAGCGGCAGUGGGCGCAAACAGCGUCCGGAGGAAGCCCCGCCUAGCUGCGUCGUUGAAGAUCAACCCCAGGCCCAGCCAUUGGCAGCCCUCAGCGAGUCUGGGCCAAGACCCCUGGGAGCCUGCACCUUCCUUUGAUGUGGAGGACGAUGGGGGUGGCGGGCAGCCCAAGGCCCCCGCGGCCGGGCAUGGUGGGCUGAGGCGGGGCCAGAAGGGAGUAGGGGGGAUGGGGCAUCCCGGACACUGGAAUCCUGCGGGACGGAUGGGAAUGGCCCUAAGGGUCUGUGUCUCUCCCGCAGGACCAGCCACGGACUUCCCGAUGGCGGCCCAACAGGUGAGCCUGCAGCUCAGAUACCCACCCCCAGGCCAGGCCGUGGCUUUGCUCACACAGUACGCGGCCAACCUAGGUGUUUCUCUGACCUUUCGAGAGGGUCAUGCGGCAGGUCCCUGCACCCCGUUCUCGGCGAGCGUGGAGCUGGAUGGAGUGGUCUGCCCUGCGAGUGCUGCCAGCAGCAGGUCAGAGGCCAAAGAGCAGGCAGCUGUGUUGGCUCUGCGGUACAUCAGGACUCAGCUGGAGGGCCCAGAGCCUCACAAGACUCCUAGGAGCCCUCCACUUGGCCCCCUGAGUGUAGGGAGUGUUGUGACCCACGAGCAGCGCUGUGCAGCAGUGGUCAGUGCCGGCUUUGACCGCCUGGUGGACAGGAGCUUGCCGUACUGGGCCUGCAAGGGGACCGUGGCUGCAGUUAUCUUAGAGAGAGAGGUCCCAGGAAGCAGGGCCCAUGCCAAGGAGAUCUAUGAGCUGGUGGCACUGGGCACCGGCAGCAGCUGCUACGCCGGCUGGCUGGAGUUUUCGGGCCGCCAGCUGCAUGACUGCCAUGGACUGGUGGUCGCCCGCCGGGCCCUGCUGAGGUUCCUGUUCCGGCAGCUUCUGCUGGUGACGCAAGGCGGCCCCAGAGGCAAGGAGCAGUCAGUGCUGGCUCCCAAGCCUGGGCCUGGGCCCCCCUUUGCUCUCAAGCCUGGAAUCUUCCUGCAUCUCUAUGUCAGCAACACUCCCAAGGGAGCGGCCCAUGACAUCUACCUCCCCUCAUCCUCAGAAGGUAGUUUCCUGCACAGUCCCCCCUUCCGCCUGCAGGCCCACAUCCGCGGGGAGCUGAAGCCCGUAUGCUAUGUGGCAUCCACGCUCCGCGACAGCCAUGUGGGUUGUCUCUCGGCUAGUGACAAGCUCGCCCGCUGGGCUGUGCUGGGACUGGGGGGUGCCCUGCUAGCCCACUUCCUGCCACCCCUCUAUGCUACCAGCCUCGUCCUGGCAGACCCCUGCCACGAUCCCCCCACUCUGAGCAGGGUCAUCCAUGCGCGACCCAGACUGGAUGAGGCAGAAGGGCCGUGCCUGCCACCCCCCUACACCCGUACCGCCCUGCACCUGUUUGCAGGGCCCUCAGUGGCCCCCUCCAGUCCCAGCCCCAGUACCUGCCACAGCCUGAGCCUCAACUGGAGCCUGGGGGACUCCGAAGUCGAGGUUGUGGAUGUGACCACCGGGCGGGUGAAGGCAGACGGGACCCUCGGGCCUCCCUCCCGCCUCUGCAAGGCUGCCUUUCUCCACGCCUUCCGUCAGGCUGCCCGAGCUUUGGGCAAGGUCCACCUCCUGGCCCUGAGGACCUAUGAGGCAGCCAAGGCUGGGCCCUACCGGGAGGCACGCCAGCGGCUCUCUGUUCUCCUGGACCAGCAGGGCCUGGGGGCUUGGCCUUCGAAGCCACUGCUGGGUAAAUUCAGAGACUGA